UUAUGUCAUGACCGUUUCUUAAAGCAUCCAGCUUCAACGAUGUGUGCGAAUACAGCCCAUCUACAAUCUAACGGAGCUUAACGAUGGUACUUUGCGCUUACUGUAUUGGGCUUGUGGAGAGGUGCACGGUCAAGUGAGCGCUCGUGCAGCCUGCACUGAUUAGAUGUUUUGGACAGCUAUGAGGGGUUACGGAGAGAACUGGCCAGUUGCAGCGAAGGACACUGUUGGGAAAUGACGGGUUCCGAGCACCCGAGCUGUAUGUAGAAGCACUGUGGAGCAUUGAGCAGUGUUCCCCAAUGGAAUGCAGAAAAGACUGCGGAACUGCCGCAGUGUAUGGGGUUGCUUUGAUUCGUUCAUUAACGGAUGCUACAAACAGUGUAUUUCUGCAGAAGAGAUAACACAAUGUAUCUGUAAGCGAAUCCCGACGGAAGUCUUAUUUGUUUGAAAAUCACAAAAGUGUAAUCCCUCAGCCAAAGGUAAUGUAAGCAAAACCUAAGGCACGCGCUCACAAUAUUUUGUUUUGAUUUUGUUGAGCAGUUUUUCGAGCGUCUUAAUCGCUGUCCAUGGUCCAGAUCCGCACGGGAUGGUCGAGACGCUGAGCAUUGCCGUCAUCGGAGCGCCUGGAGUCGGGAAAACUUCUAUCAUCCGUCAGUUUAUUUACAAUGACUUCUCUGAGACUUACACCCCCACCCAAACGCGGUACGUGUACAGACCCUCGGUCAUCCUCAACGGUGUUAUGUACGAACUGAAGAUUUUGGACGUCCCGCCAGUUUCCUCAUUUCCUUCGAGCCCGAGUCAGGAGUGGCUGGAUGCACGGUGUAGAGGAGUCCGCAGUGCAAACGCCUACAUUCUGGUGUAUGACAUCUGCUGUGUGGAGAGCUUUGAGUAUGUCAAAAUGAUCCGACAGCAAAUCGUGGAAAACAGAGUGGACAGCAGCAGUGAGGUGCCCAUCCUGGUGGUGGGCAGUAAGAGGGACCUGCAGCGGCAGCGGUUCACCCAGCGCAGGGCUGUGUCUGUACUAGUGAAGAAGACCUGGAAGUGUGGUUAUGUUGAGUGCUCUGCCAAAUACAACUGGCACGUGCUUCUGCUCUUCAAAGAGCUCCUGGGAAUUGCCGUAGCACGAGGACUUCGUCCAAACCACACCUCUAUUCGUCUACAGGGGGCAUUGCACAGGAAUCACUGUAAUGUCAUGUGACAGAAAGAUACAGGAUGUAGCCUUGGCUUAGACACCGUUUGCCCCUCAUGGUGGGAGAUGACUGUUUAUGCUUAUUUAGAAUCAGUUUGUCUGAUCAUAUUCUUAACUAUUUGGUUUAAAAUGGCAAAACUGGUCUUAGGUCAGGAUUGAAAGUCAACUUACCACCAGGAUGAAGCUUUGGUAAAUAAGGACAAACUGUCAAUCAAAAUGGCUGGAAUACUAACACCUAGGGGCCUCUGUAACUGAUGCUUAAAUCUGAUGGAUUACUGAUUUCACUUUUCCCAGCGCACUCCAACCAACAGAAAAAUAAAAUCCCCAAACUGGAACCAGAUAAGGAAUUUUUUUAUCUUACCAAAGUCUGUCAGGGUAAAAGUAAGAUGUUACUGGCUCAUAUGUCUCCAUUAGAGUACAAUUCGUCCCUGCUUUUUUUCCUUUUUAAAUAUACACUCUGUGGGUGCAGGUGUAUCCCAGUGUGAUAAUUAUUAACUGUUGCUUGGAAACAGUUUCUUGGUGGAGCACUAAGGAGUGUACUAAGGGCUAGGGCAUAAUGGUGAGUGAAAGUUUGUGAAUCCAUACACCUCAUUCAGUGAAGUGCCAUAUUUAAUUUUUGAUGGGAAUGUAAAUGAGACUUUGAGGGAUAGACUUACGGUCUGUUCAGUGGCAUGCACUGUACAGUAUAUAGCUGCAUAAAGUUCCUUAGUAUUAGUUCCUAGAGUUUUUUGCCUACUGAAAAUGUUUUGGAAAGAUGUUUUUUUCUUUCUUCAAUAUUUCAUCAGCUGAAUGAUGAACACCAACUUAAACAACAGUAAAACAAUUUCAAGAGACUAAAAGUUUAUCCCUCACAGCCUUAUUUGUGUUCUCGUCAAAAAAUAAAUAAGGUGUUCAGGCGUUAUUUUGAAUAAGGUCUAUUGGAGUUAUCUAUAGCAUUGCUCAAAUUUGACCUAAAAUAUGAUCUGAUCUUCACCUGUACAGUAAUAAAAUUUAACAUGUUUAUAAACAUUCUCUGUAUCAUUAAGUAGCCAAAGUGAAACUUUAGACUAAUGGACAGACAUUUUGCCAUUUUUCCACUCCACUUGCAGGAAUCCAUUGCAUCCUCAAUGACUAUAAGCUAUCCAUGGACCCUGCAUGGUUCUUAUGGCCACGUCCACACUAAUCCUGUUAAGUUAGAAAAUUCAGUCAUUUUCCAGUAUGUGAUAUGUGGUUAUGGAGAGCGUUUUCAAAAAACAAAAGGAAAGGAAAAAGCUGUUCUAGAGUGGAUGAGAGGUUUAAACGUAUACAACGUAUUGUGCAAUGGAAACAUUUUGUGUGGACCUUGCCUAUGGAGGCUAAACAGUAUGGUAUUUCUUCAGCAUGGUUAACUGUAGGGAUAACAUUCUUUUAUAGAAGACAAUAUAGAAGAUAAAUAUUUGUCUUUGUCCACAAUAUUGUCUUCCAGUAGCUGUCCUUGAAAUAGGCAGUACCAUUUAUUUCUGAUGAGCUGUGGAUUUCACUUUGGUGUCUUACCAUGCACAGCUCUCUUGUUCUAUGUUUUGUCCUAUGGUGUAUUCAUGAACAAGGCAAUGUAAGAGAUGCCUGCAGAUCAAUGACUGUUAGCCUGGGCUUCUUCAUAUCCUCAAAUAUGGUAUGGGCACCUCACCCUGUGUGAUUUUAAUCAAACAACCUCUUCUAGGAAUGGUAACAAUGGUGUUGAAGUUCUUCCAAGGGUUCAAUAUCAGCCUGACAGUGUGUUUGUGGAGGCCAUAGACAAUAACAUAGCCCUUUCUAGCCUUAUGAACCCACAGAAAGCACUACACUUCAUAAACCUGUGUUGUUUAGCACAUAUGCCAAGACCAAGACAACCUACAUCUAAAACUACAUUACACCUGACUUUCUUCACCUCAUGCCCUUGCAAAAUCAUGAACAGUAUCCAUAGCAAACAUUCUACCUCCUAGACAUUGCUACAUUUAUGGAAUGUGGCACAAAAUAAAGUCUUCCUCGAUCAGGUGAGAAGUGAUGAUAAAGCUAUAAGAGGUCCUCUGGGGUUUCAGAGAUUUUGUGCUGAAUCAAGAACACACACAUUAGAUGCAGAGGAGGGUAUCUCCUCCUUUACUGCAGUGAACUGCAGUCUGUAUGUUAGUGAAUGACUGAGCGGUCUAAUUCUUCCUCUCUGGAGCAUAUCUGAGGAAUGCAGAAUCCAUAAAAGCUGAAGAAGUGCAGUGUCAACAGUGAGAUCAGGGUUGAUCUGGCAAAGUGAAGGUUGCAGACAAUGAUUACUUUGUCAUAAUUUUGUUAUUGCAAUAACUGCACACCCACCAAGAAUGAUUUCCCAUGACAGAAAAAAAGGUAACAGACAUAAUGUUGUCAUAUCAGACAGAGUGUGCAGAGUGGAGUAAUUUCCAUCUUUGUUAACAAAUGCAACUCUCAGAGUCAUCUAUGCACUUUUACACAUCUCUUACAUGACUUAAAAGAGCUGAAAAGCUGUAAGCAGAUCAUUAAAGACAUCUUUGAAACUUCUUUAUAUAUAUAUAUAUAUAUAUAUAUAUAUAUAUAUAUAUAUAUAUAUAUAUAUAUAUAUAUAUAAUAAAAAUAUUCAAUAGAACUAACUUGUGUCUUCUGUCUAAUGGAGCUGCAUGCUUUAAUUGGCAAAAGCAAAAUAAUUCAGGGGUAAACUGCACUGAUGUACCUACAUGAGCGAGCACAAGCAGAUCUUUGUUAUAGUACUUGAGCCUCCUUUUUGUCCUUUGUAAAAAUGUUAGUGUAAAAUUAGCAUGCUUAGCAUGUAAUUUAACUAAAAAGGGUGUAGAAGGAGCCAGGCUAGUGUCAUUAAAUUUCAAACAGCACAGAGGGAAUCAAACAUUUGCAUGCCACACAGUGUUAAGUGCUUUGGUUGUGGGCUGAAGAACAGACAACAUGUAGCAAUGUCAAGUUCUUGUAACUUUGGAAUGUGUUCUGUGGUACUGUAUUAAUGUUCAAAGUUUUAGACUGAAAAUUCGGACAAAUGCAGAGUAUGGAUUCUUUUUGGGUAGAAUUGUGUGGAAUGUUUUAGAUUUUAAAGGGCUACCUGCAAAUUAUAGUUUUUCUUUUUGUAGUCGUAUUUUUUCCUCAAUAAAAAAU